AGCAAUUGGUGGUAUUGCAUCUUUGGGAACAGUAGCAGCUCUUGUUAUAGCAGAUCGUCAAGGAAAUGAAAGGCUGCUUCAGGUAUAUGCUAUCUUCCUUGAGACUGAAGGCAAAACAGUGGAAUUUGAGUCCAACUACUUGAAAGCAGUGCUUUUGUCAACAAAAAUUGUUGACAGAAGUGACAUGACAGAAAGCCAACUUCAGCGUAUAAUUGAUGAUGUGAAAGACGAGAGUCGUGCAUCAGUCAUCAAGCAAGUGGAAAGAGCGGUUAUGUACAAACUGCCUGACAUCAGCAAAGGUGACCUUAGGUUAGGAUGGUCAGGUAACAUUCACGAUGCAGCAAACUUUGACUACGAAGCAAGAGCCUGGCUACAUGACGACAGUGUUAAAGAUGUCAACGACAGCAUUCUCAUCGCGUGCAUCCAGUUUGGGAUGCGCAACCUCUUGCGGGAUGUGUUCAUUCUUGGGGUGAUCGGACCAGAAGACAAGAGCAAAAAAGGUCUGAUGAAGUUGGUUUUCCCAAAUGCAGUCCAAAAGCUUGAACAGAAGAGUUGCACUUGUGACAUGUUGCUCUAUGAUGGAUCUGAGAACAUGCAGAGUACUUUGCCUGUGAUGCUGUUUCCAAGUGCGCCUAAAGCAAUAAGACGGAAGACUAAAGCGAUAGAAGCAGCCCUUGGACUGUGGACUCGCUCCUGUUCUGCAUUCAUCUGUGUAGUGGAUUACACUCGAGGCAUUCCUGACUUGGAAGACUUGGAGGUGGUUUCUGAACUGUGUGUUCCUGUACUGCUGUGCAUCAACACCAAUGGUAGACUGCUAGGAAGGGAAGCAGAGAGGGCCAUAGAUACAUACAAGUCCUACGUGAGCUAUGGCCUGAGGGAUCUGGUCCAGGUGAUCUUGGUUGAUGUAAGUGGCACAGACAAGUCUCCAUGGAUCACAGGGGGAGGGGAUGUAAAAUACUGGGUACAGGAUGUCCACGAUCAUCACCAGGAACUUGCAUGUAACAUGAUUGACAAGGACUUCAGAGAUUCACUCUGAACUAGCAGUACUGAUGAUUACUGACUCCAUGCAGAGGUUUACAUGAAGGUCUUGGCUUAUUUUUGGCAUGUUUUUAGGCUUUUUAUCAGGCUUUUAAAUCUUUUUUAUGCAAAAAGGAAAGACAGAUAAGAAAAUCCUAAAAACACGUCAAAUUUAAACCCAAACCUUUGCUUGCAAUUGGACUCGGUUGGAGAGAACUGACGAUUAGUUUGGUCCCUAUUAUACUUAUAGGGCUGCUAGCCUGGGUGCCAUCCGAUUUGUAAUGGCAACCCUGAAGAAUCGGAUGGCACCCAGGUUAUAGGGCUGCAUUGGAAAGAACAGAAUUUGUCAACGUGACUUUUAUUUCAUUUUAAUUAGUACACUACAUAUGAGAAAAUCCCUUCACCUAAAAUCUUCUUAAAACUAAAAAGUUCAAUCCAAUGUCAAUCAUGGCAUGUGCAAAUCACAUGUAUGUGACCAAUAUCACUGAACCAACAACAAAUGACAUGAAAAAAUAAUAAUUUGAGAAGCAACUAAAAGCCAACAUUAUUUAGAAAGGCCAAUGUUUGUUUGGGAGCAAAUACAGCAUAUUUCACCCUAUCUUCCUCCCCAUUCCAAAAUAGACUGUUCCAUAUCAACCUUUUUGCAGAAAUGAACCAUCCCAAAGUUUAACUCACAAUAUCACCCCACUCUGCAAUGGGAUUUUCUGACUUUAAUGACCAUCACAUGAGGAAAAACAAAUUAUAUAUUUCAUCGAUACCAUUGGUACAGAGUGAAGUAUUAAACAAUUGUAUGUAGUCAUGAUAAUUAUUUGCUUCUUGAAAGAACAUUAUCUAUGACCGGGUAUACCAUAUAUGCUCACCAAGACGUUGUUUGGGAUCGUGUGGCAUAAUGAUUGGAUGUUUG